AUGGCACCGAAGCUUACCAUCCUUGUAGCCACUUUCAUAGCUCUUCUGUUCUUGGCCGAUGCCUCCAUACACCGAACCACAGUGAUCAUCGACGACGAAAACCCGAGCCAGCAAGGCUGUAGUGAGCAGGUCCGCAAGCAGCAGAAUCUGAAUCGCUGUCGGGAUUUUCUGACGGAACGAGCUACCAAGGAGGGCUCGAGGGGUCGUGGGGGCUACUACAACCAACAAGAAGAUCUUCGUGCUUGCUGCAACCAGCUUCAGGGAUUGGAGUCCCAGUGCAUGUGCCAGGGUCUCAAAAUGGCUAUGCAACAGCGCCAAAUGCCUAGUCAGGCUUACAGGAUGGCUCAGGACUUGCCAUCCAUGUGCGGGCUGAAACAAAGCAGAUGCGAUGAGUUUGGAUCACAAGAGAUUUUCUAA